CCCAAUCACCCACAUUCUUACAGUAUAAUUCUAUCUGUUCACUGACAUUGUCUGUCUUGAAAUAACUCCCUCCCAUUUCUUCUCUCCAAGAGCACCUUCCAUUCGCUUCCUGUCGCCUUCUUCUGGUCCUUUGCCGACCUUCCUUUUUCGGCAAUGCCUGAGAACUAGAAGCAAAAACAACCCAGAACCCAUCUCAAGUAAGAAAGCGAGAGAGACAACCCAGAAAUGGAAGCCAUCAAGUUGCUGGCCUUCUUCCACUACUGUUUCAUUGGCUGCUGCUCGCUAGCCAUUGUAGUAACCCAUGGAGCACUGGGUGUCCAGCACAAUGUGGUGGAGGUGGAGGUGGAGGCUCUUCUAGCAAUGAAAUCGAGCCUGGUCGAUUCAUCGAACCAGCUCGCUGAUUGGAGGUUGGAUUCUGGGAGCCACUGCAACUGGACCGGUUUAAGUUGCAAUGCCAAUGGUCUUGUGGAGAAGCUUGACCUUUCGAACAGGAACCUCAGUGGCAGCAUCUUGAAUCACAUUCAAGAGCUGAGGAGUCUAUCUUACCUCUCUGUCUUCAACAAUGGGUUCACCUCAGCCUUGCCGGAAACUUUGGGGAAUCUCACUUCACUGAAGACUGUUGACUUCAGUAUGAACAACUUCAUUGGCAAGUUCCCUACUGGCCUUGGAAUGGCUCCAGGGUUGACCUUGGUCAAUGCUUCUAGCAACAACUUCUCAGGGUUUCUCCCAGCGGAUCUCGGCAAUGCAACAUUGCUGCAAAGCCUGGAUUUUCGAGGGAGCUUCUUCGAAGGGUCAAUUCCUGGAUCUUUCAGGAAUCUGCAGAAGCUCAAGUUUCUUGGCCUUUCUGGUAAUAACCUGACUGGAAACAUCCCGAAGGAGAUUGGCCAGCUGUCUUCUCUGGAGACGAUAAUCUUGGGUUACAAUGAGUUUGAAGGCGAAAUCCCUGCAGAGAUUGGCAAUCUUACCAAUCUUCAGUAUCUAGAUUUAGCUGUUGGCAGUCUCAGCGGUCAGAUUCCAGCUGAAUUAGGCAAGCUGGAGAAACUUACAACUGUGUUUCUGUACGGGAACAAUUUCACCGGGAAGAUCCCACCAGAACUUGGCAGCAUUCAAUCACUCACAAUGUUGGAUCUAUCUGAUAACCAGAUUUCAGGAGAGCUACCUGUGGAGAUCGCUGGGCUCAAGAAUCUGGAGCUGUUGAAUGUGAUGCGAAACCAGCUCACUGGUCCAGUCCCAAGCCAGCUCGGGAACCUGACUAAAUUGCAGGUACUCGAGCUGUGGAAGAACUCUUUCACAGGUUCAUUGCCAAUGAAUCUCGGGCAUAACUCGCCUCUGCAGUGGCUAGAUGUGUCGUCUAACUCGUUGUCCGGUGAGAUUCCGCUCGGCCUAUGUGAGUCAGGGAAUCUCACCAAGCUCAUACUCUUCAACAACGCAUUCUCUGGUUCCAUCCCAAUGAGCCUCUCGACUUGUAAGUCACUGGUUCGAGUCAGGAUGCACAACAAUCUUCUCUCUUGGGCAAUUCCAGUUGGGUUUGGUACCCUCCCACAGCUUCAGCGACUGGAAUUGGCCCAAAACAACCUCACUGGUGAAAUUCCGGACGACCUUUCUUUAUCCACUUCACUCAACUUCUUUGAUGUCUCUGGAAACCAUCUCGAUUCCUCUCUUCCUUACAACAUCCUCUCCGUUCCGACACUUCAGACAUUCAUGGCCUCCGGCAACAGCUUCCAGGGCAAGGUACCAGACCAAUUCCAGGACUGCCCAUCCCUUUCGGUCCUUGAUCUCUCCGCCAACCAUUUCUCUGGAAACCUCCCGCAAAGCAUUGCUUCGUGUGAAAAGCUGGUGACUUUGAAGCUCAGGGGAAACCAGUUCAGUGGAGAAAUCCCACAUGCAAUCGCCACAAUGCGCACUUUAGCCAUUCUUGACCUGUCAAAUAAUUCUCUGACCGGUCAUAUCCCACCAAGCCUUGGAAGCUCGCCUGCCCUGGAAAUGAUCAAUGUAUCACACAACCAGCUCCAAGGUCCAGUUCCCUCCAACGGUUUGUUUGCUGCAAUAAACCCUAGUGACCUCAUAGGCAACCCUGGCCUUUGUGGCGGCGUGCUUCUGCCGUGUCCUUCAAUGCCUUCAACCUCAAGGAAACCGCAAAAUCUCCACAUCCACCACAUUCUCUUCGGACUCCUUGUUGGAAUCACGGUAAUUAUAUGUCUUGGCAUGACAUUCUUCACAGGGAGAUGGGUUUACAGAAGGUGGUACCUGUGCAAUAGUUUUGUUGAUGAUUACUUCAACAAAAGCAGCAGAGAAUGGCCAUGGACAUUAGUGGCAUUCCAGAGGCUGAGCUUCACCAGCAAUGACAUUCUCGCAAGUAUAAAAGAAACAAACAUUGUCGGCAUGGGUGGAUCAGGUAUCGUUUACAAAGCUGAAGUUCACAGGCCACAUGGAGUAGUGGCAGUGAAGAAGCUCUGGAGAACUGAACCAGACAUUGAAAAUGGUGAUGAUGAUCUGUUUGGAGAGGUUAGCCUCCUCGGGAGGCUCCGGCACCGAAACAUUGUGAGGCUGCUAGGGUACCUGCACAAUCAAAAAGAUGUCAUGAUGAUUUAUGAGUACAUGCCAAAUGGAAACCUUGGAACAGCUUUGCAUGGUAAAGAAGAUGAAAGGUUGCUGGUGGACUGGGUCUCAAGGUAUAACAUAGCAUUUGGAGUUGCACAGGGGCUACACUACCUCCAUCAUGAUUGUCACCCUCAAAUCAUCCACCGCGACAUCAAGUCUAACAAUAUCCUGCUCAAUGCUAAUCUUGAGGCGAGAAUAGCAGACUUCGGGUUGGCAAGAGUAAUGGCUCAUAAGAAUGAGACAGUGUCGAUGGUGGCUGGAUCUUACGGCUAUAUUGCACCUGAAUACGGAUACACUCUGAAGGUCGAUGAGAAGAGCGACAUAUACAGCUUCGGAGUUGUGCUUUUGGAACUCCUGACUGGGAAAAUGCCUGUAGAACCUACAUUCGGAGAAUCUGUGGAUAUUGUGGAGUGGAUCAGAACCAAGAUGAGAAACAAUAAACCAUUGGAAGAAGCACUUGACACUAGCAUAGUAGGACAAUGCAAACUUGUGCAGGAAGAGAUGCUUCUGGUACUACGAAUUGCGAUUCUUUGCACAGCAAAGCUCCCUAAGGAGCGACCAUCCAUGAGGGAUGUCAUAACAAUGCUUGGAGAGGCAAAGCCAAGAAGGAAAAGCAUUUGUCAAAAUGGAACACAUAACUCUACGAAAGAUAAACCAGUUUUUAGCAACUCACCUGUUAUCGGCCUCCUGUAGGUGCAAGAAUCACCUCUUGCUGCUGUAUUUUCUGUCAACUCUAGUUUCUGUAAAUCAUUCUCUCACCCAAUUGUUACCUCUUAUGGCUGCCAGUAAAUGCCGCUAUAUUUUUUCAGAUAUGUAAUUUGAUCCACCAUCUAGUGCAGCAUAACAUGAUGUAGUAUUUAUAAUAUCCAAUGCCUGCCAAAAUAUAUAUAGAGUGACUCUAUUCUCAUAAAACAAUUUCAUGAACAGAAAUAUCAAGAUGAACCUAGUUCUGAUUCAAUGUCAAACUCUCAAAUAUGAACCUGCAGUAGAACAUUUGGAAGUUAUAUCCUGUGUUGCUGCUGAAAAUGGGCAUGCAAUUCUGCAGUUUUCUCAGCGUAUUGAUUCAGAAACCAUUACAAGUAACCAAAGCAUAAUACAGAGUGACAAACACUAUAUAUAUUUCUUUGGAGACUUUCAAAAGACAGAUAUACAACAAGAAACUUAUAAAUCUAAUUCUGUCCCAAAUCUUAAUGGAGUUUUGACCAUAGAUUGAGAAGGAAAAAUGGAACCUCUUCUAAACCAACACUACUCACUUCAAGAACAAGUUUGUUUCAUCUUCUGCGUGAAUAUAAAGAGAGAUCUUAUAUAGUUGCGAUGAGCAGUAACUUUCACAACCUUCAUAGUCCAGAAAAUUGGGUUCUCUCUUCAUCCUAGGAAGAACCUAACAGAGCAGGUCCAGGCCCAUUGCUAACUUCAAGAAAGCUGCUAGACACAGGCUGAAACAAGGGGGGAAAAGAUUAAUGAAGAGAUGAGUCAAAAUUAAAAAAACAUAAAAGAAUUUUCAAAACUGUAAGCUGGUCUGAAAUGUGGCAGGAAGUAACAGCAUCUGCAAGAAACUACAAAAUCGAGAAUAUCCUUUCUAAGCAAUAUAUACUGAAGAAGCUA